ACAUUUCAUGUCCCAAAAUGUCACAAGUGCACAACACACGAAAUUCGUUUGUCAAAUAUAUCUGCAUUGUAAAAAUAAAUAUAGAUACCUUGAAAUUAUAUAAGAAAAUAUAGUUUUUAACAUAAAAAUGUCUAUUGAGUCUCCUAUACCACUUUCUGAGAUCGAGUCUGUGUUGGCGUGGGUGGAUUCCUUCAAACUAUCCAGGUCCAACAAAAAAAUUAAUAGAGAUUUUUCCGAUGCCGUUCUCCUAGCAGAGAUCCUCAGCAUCCACUACCCGAAACUCGUAGAGAUGCACAACUAUCCACCUCGGAACAGCCACGCUCUGAAGCUGAACAACUGGAUGACACUAAACAGGAAGGUGCUUAGGAAACUGAAGUUGAACCUUUGCUGUGGCACCAUGGAGCAGCUGGCUAAUAGCACUCCGGGAGUUAUUGAGAGGGUUUUGGUUAUGGUGCGUGAUAAAAUCCAUCGAGACGAGGAGCUGAACAAGAGCGUCAAGGACUCUGAACAGAAUAUGUCCAGUGGCGGAAGCUACUACGAGGCCUGUGGAGACGAUGAGCAUGUCCUGGUGAUACCAGUGAAGACCCGCGUGAACGGUGUCCUGGAGACGGUCCAACAGAAGGUGGUCAGCUACGAGUCGUACACGGCGCUGAAAGAAGAGCUCAGAGACGCCAAGGAUAGCUCGGAAUUGCUAAAGCAAAAGGUGGAACAUCUAGACAGCUUACUGAAACUCAAAGAUGAAAGGAUAGAUGAACUACAAAAUCAGCUGGAAAGGAAACAGGCGAGACGCAAGGAAGCAGAAGCUUUGCAAAAUAGUCUUGCAGUCCCUUUUGAAACAGUGCCACCUCCAGUCAUAACUGAAGUAUUACCAAGCCGAACUGCUUCCAAAGCUAUCGAUGUAAAACUAAUGGAAGAAAUAAAACCAAAACCAGUAACAAAAAAUAUUGAUACAACUACAGCCGAAUCAAAGGUUUCCGAUACCAAAAUAAUCGUCGAGCCUAAACCUCUCGAUUACAAAUUAUCAUUUGAUGUAAGACCUCCAAAAGAUGAAUCCAAAAUUCCUGUUUUAAGAGCCUUUUCUAAACCUAGUAUCACUGAAGUGACAAUAGAGGAAGUUAAAGAAAAUCUGGACAGAAUUAAAUCGGACGUUUUUAAAGAGGUAGAAAUAAUUGAGAAGACUGAUAGUUUACCUGAUGUAGAUGAAUUUAAAGAUAGCGUAGAAGCUGUAGUUACGAUUGAAGAUACCAUAGACAAUGAACUCCAAGAAAUAACUUCAGAUGAUUAUGCAUAGAUUAUUAAUACUUUUCAGUCUUCAUCCUAAUGUUGACUUUGGAUUCGGAUUUAUUGAGAAAAGCAUAAGAAUUUUAUUUCUCUUUACAAAGUUAGCAUGUAAUG